CAAAACAAAAACAAAACUGGAUCCAUCCUGCCGAUCCUGCCUGAAACGUAUCGGAACCCUCGCCAUGAACGAAUCCCCAACGGUAACCCGACUGCAGGACAACUUCUGCGACAACUUGAUACGUGGCGGCGGCAACGUGUUCGAUCGCAGCCUGAAGGAGAAUGAGGUUCUGCAACUGGUCGAGCGCGAUGGCCAGUUGGACAGCGUUCAGGAGCUGGGAAAGUGCAACUCGACGGCGGCCACACUCCGGACCACCGCGAAUCGGCUCUACCGGGAGAGACAAUUCGACGACGCGUUGAUCUGUUACAACGAGAGCAUCUGCUACGCUGAGCCGGGCUCGGACCAGCUGGGAAUGGCGUAUGGCAAUCGGUCGGCCGUUUACUACGAGCAGGGCGAGUUCGAGUUGGCCCUGUACAACAUCGAUCUGGCCAAGAGGAACAACUAUCCGGAGAGGCUGCUGCGGAAGCUGCUGGCCCGGGAGCUCAACUGCAAGCAGCAGAUUGCCGCAGGCCAUUCGAAGGGCACGGUACCCUGUCCGCGGAUGGACAUUAAUGUGGACACUAAUCCGAGGAUUCCCUUCUUGGCAAAAGGGAUCGUGAUGACCUAUGAUCCAAAGUUUGGCCGAGGAUUGUACGCCGAAAGGGAGUUCAACCCGGGGGACAUCAUUAUCAACGAAAAACUUGAACUGUGUGGCCUUGAUUACGGCUAUGUCUACCGACACUGCAAUCAAUGCGGUUCUGAUGUUAGCUACAGCUUGAUUCCUUGCCCAGCUUGUACAUUCUGCAUGUACUGCAGCGAGGAAUGUCUCGAGCUGAAUUGGAAGUUCUUCCAUCGAUUUGAGUGCGGCGUAGCCACCAAACUCUGCAGCGUUUCCUGCAUUACAGACAUGCUGUUUGUAAGAUUGUUCCUUUACGGAUUGUCGCAGUUUGGAGAUGACCUGCAGGCCAUGAUGGAGUUCUGCGAGCCAGAGGUCACUGAGCUAUCAAAUCCUCUCAAGCUUGACUACACCAAUCUCAACCGGUUGGAGGUGUUCAAGGCGAUGCACAAUACCAAGCCACGCGUUGGUGUGGACGACAAUGAAGAUGUUGUGAAAUGCACCGCCGCGUGUUAUUACGUCGUAUUCCUAAACAACCCUGUGGUCAACUCGAUCAUCAGCACCGCAGCCCAUCGACAAUUUUUCCAUCAAUCUCUGCUGCGGUACACUCGUGUGGCUUUAGCAUUAAUGACGUCCUGCGUCAACACCUACGGCCAAACGAUUAACGUAAUUCGUCCGAUCGGCAGCCUGUUCAACCAUUCCUGCGACCCGAACGCGACUAUGGUCGUCGAUUCCGGUGGCGCCAAGGUGAUUUUGCUGCGACCGCUUGGUAAAGGCGAGCAGAUCUUCAUCUCCAACGGACCGACCUGGUGGCUCCCGGAAGUGUCCAAAGCGUUGCACUUCAAGUGCCAGUGCGUUGCGUGCGACCAAAGACCGAGAGGUCGCGAGUGGCGCAAGCCGAUGGAGCGGCCGCUACCCCCGAAGGCACGGCAGGACAUUCAAACUCUGCAGGCGAUCAUACGGUGGGAGAACCCCAACAAUGCCGCCAGAUUGAACGCGAUUCAGCAGUUUGUCAAGCGAUACACGCACUUGCACCCCCAGGAGAAGGACAACGAUCUUGGACUUUGUAGAAUCAACAACUUUCCCUGGUGUGACUUGAGUCAGAAAUCUAAAAUUUUCCAAGAUUGCCGGAGCAGGAACGGAAAAUAGUAUUUAAGGUGGAAAUGGUUAAACGUGUCUUGUUAAAACCUGC